AUGUAUCAACGACCACAUCAACCAAUAGAAUUUACUAGACAGGACUCGGAUUUAAACGUUUAUCUACAAAAUGUUGAAGAAUUAGAUAAACAAAGAAGAACUGGAAAUAUCAAUGAUAAUAAUGUGAAUAAUAACGAAAAAAAAAUAAUUCCUCCUUCUAUUAAUAAUCACAAACGCUAUAAUCAUUCGAGAGAAGAUAUUGAAAAAAGUAGGCGAUUGCUGACUGCGCCAACAAACAACUACGAUAAUGUAGGCACGUCCUAUGAAACUUCCCUUGGUAACGCUAAUCCUAUUUCCAAAUCCACCAACAAUAGAAAUUUUUAUUCUGCUUAUAGCUAUGAUAGGAUCUAUUCUAGCACUGGUACCAAUGAAUUGAGUGGAGAUUUAAAUCCCAAUAAGUAUGUUAUUUCAGAAGAUGAUUACGAGUUAUUACAGACCGUGAAAUUUUCGAUGAACGGGAAAAAAAAAAAUAUGAACAUCCUUCCUGCUUAUUCAAACGUUGAUGAAAAUCUUAACAGAGGCCAACAAGGAAGAGUGAGAAUCAACUAUGGGCUGAAUAAUCUAAAUGUAGAAAACGAUGCGGAAUAUUCUGAUUCUUUUGCUCUUUCAAACCUCUCAUCAUCAAGAAGAUAUGGGGGUAAUGAUGGAAAGUUAAGAAACGGUCAUUACCAUGACGAUGAUUAUGAUGAUAUUGAAUAUUAUCCUGUUGAAUUACCGGAUAAUUAUGACUUGCCUAAACCAGGAGCUAUAUUUAAAAAUCUAAAGGAAAAGAAUAGUCAUAGAAGUGAGGUACCCAAAAAACCAAUCAAACCCAGAAAAUUAAGCGAGCUUGAUAUAAAUAAUAGUAAUUAUGAUUCUAAUAAGUAUGCUUCUUCUUAUUCUUUUCCCUUUGCUGGACCUGUUAUUAAGCCAAAGUCUUCUAGAUUCGCUUAUGACAGCAUUGGUAUGGAUAAUGAUUAUGAACAGCAAAAAUUAUCAUCAGUUGAUUAUGAUGACGACGACUACCAAGGGGAUGCCGAUAAAUAUUAUCAUAGCAAAUACGAUAAAAGCAGAUCUAGACCACCACCUAUUCCAGCAAAAAAAUCACAUUUGUCAGAAGAAAUUUCUUAUUUUGAGGUGGAGCCACCAUCUAGAAGGAAAAAUACCAGAACUACAACCACGACUACAACCACAACAACUAAGAGGGUUUUUAGGAAACCUCUAGAUUUAAAUUCUACACUAGGCACGAGUACCGUUGAAGUAGAAAAAUACGAAGAUGAUGAGUUGCAACCUGCAAGUUUGAAUGGCUCGCCUACGAGGAGAUCAUAUAUGGAUUCCUUGGGCGAGAGUAGAUCACCUUCUAGAAUACCUAGAUUUACUUCAUCGUCUUCAUCUCCAAGAAGACAACAAUAUAUGGAUUCCUUGGGUGAGAGUAGAUCACCUUCUAGAAUACCUAGAUUUACUUCUUCAUCUUCAUCACCAAGGAGACAACAAUAUAUGGAUUCUUUGUCCACGAGAGAUGAAACAAGUCCGACUAGAAUACCGCAACACUUAUCUAGAAUGAAAUCUAGCGCAAGGGGUAUUUCUAGUUCACCCGGAAAAUCGUAUAUGGAUUCCUUAUCUGAAAAGGCACGAGAUGUUACUAGCACUAGCACAACCAAUAAAAUAUUAUCGUCAAGAAAGCAUAGAGAUUCUCAAGACACGUUUUGGAAUUCUAACGCAUUGAAAAAUUUAAGCACGCAGCACAAUACCGCAAUAGUAAAGGCACCAUUCAUACCUAAAAAACCGGCCAAAUUACGUGCUGCUGGCACUGACGGUAACGAUAACAACGGUACCAUAUUUGAGGAGGAUGAUGUGGAUGAUAAUGAGGUUUUAGUACAAGAAAUUAAUAGACUGAAAUUAAAAAAAACGGUUAAAGAAAAACCAAAAGUUCCUAAUAAAAAAAUGGAAUUACAAGUUGAGUUACCAAAAUUACGUAAGGUAAAAACUCCCACUAGAAAAAAUACUGGUGCUACAAUGAUUGAUGAUAAUAGCCAAGUUUCUCCAAUUCAGUUGCCUAAAUUAAGGAAGAGUGUAUCACCACAAAGAACAAAUAAAACUUAUGACGAAGUGCAAUUUCCAGAAUUGAAACCGGUAUCUAAAAACAUAAAUGAAAAUAGAAAGAGUAAAAAAGAUGAAGAGGCAUUGGAACCAAUCGAAAAAAUUAAAAAAUUGAAUAAAGCACCACCAAAACCUACCCGUAAACCAUCGUUACCAGAAGCCUUAAAAAAAAUCAAUAAUUUAAAUAAAGUGGAAAUAUCGCCAUCUAGAAUAGUUUCCAUACCUGAAGCAAUAACUGUAAGAAAAACUUUAUUAAAAUCAAAAACUGCGCCAGAUCACGGUAGUACUAGUGGUAAUGUUGCCAACGACUUGAUAAAACCUGCUCAAAUAGAGAAUCCAUUUAUAGCGGGGUUAAAAAAAAACUUAUCUAGUAGGAACACUGAUAUUGGAAUUGGUAGUGGUAAUUCAACAAUGUAUAAUACUGAAGCCAAUGAACCUAAACUACGACAUGUCACCAAAAACAGAUCACGUGGACCCAAAAGAAGAUUACCCUCUAAUAUAGUCAAGAACUAA